GUGAACUCUAGCCUGACACUACUGAAAACGAGAGGCGGAGUUGGGAUAAGGAGCCACAAGCGAAAGCGAGGGAGAAGGGGAAGCUGCUGCGCUGCGCGACAUGGCGCUGAAACCAAACCUUGAUCCCUUCGGGGCCUUCCUCAACAAUCUGCGACUCCUUCCGCCGCCAUCUUCUUCCCCCGAUCAACCCCCUCCCCUACUCCGUGGCCUCACAUUCGCUGUCAAAGACAUAUUCGACAUUACCGGCUGCACUACCGGGUUUGGGAACCCCGACUGGGCUAGGACGCAUACGGCACCGACCUUCACUGCUCCCUCUGUACUGGCCGUUCUCGAAGCUGGUGCGACAUGCGUGGGUAAAACUGUCAUGGAUGAGAUGGCAUACAGCAUUAAUGGAGAAAACUAUCAUUAUGGCACACCAACUAAUCCAUGUGCCCCUGAUAGAGUCCCUGGCGGAUCAUCAAGUGGAUCUGCAGUAGCGGUUGCUGCAAAUCUAGUUGACUUUUCACUAGGAACUGAUACCGGUGGAAGUGUUAGAGUUCCUGCUUCUUAUUGUGGAAUUUUUGGUUUCCGUCCUUCGCAUGGCAUUAUUUCCACAGUAGGUGUAACUCCAAUGGCACAAAUCUUUGACACUGUAGGAUGGUUUGCUAGAGACCCUAUUACCCUGACUCGGGUAGGCCAGGUUCUGCUACCGUCAUCAUCCAACACAACAGGAUUACCAACACAAUUUGUUGUUCCAGGCGAUUGCUUCGAGUAUUUGGGUUCUCCCAGUGAUAAAGUCUCUCAAAUUCUCAAAAAUUCUGUGAAAAAGAUAUUUGGUUCUAGUUUACUUAAUGAUGUAAAUCUUGGUGACUACAUUUACCAUAAUGUUCCAAGUUUGCUGAAGUUCAUUAGUGGGUUAUAUGCAAAUCAAGAAUCUACUGUACCAGUUCUUGCAGCUCUCUCACAUGCCAUGCGGCUACUUCAAAGAUUUGAGUUCAAAACAAAUCAUGAAGCUUGGUUGAAUUCAACAAAACCUACUUUAGGUCCUGGAAUACUGGAACGGGUAUCUGAAGCUCUUAAUGCAACAUAUGAAGACUCGGAAUUAUGUCAUCCUAUAAGAAGCGAGCUUCAAGUGUCAUUGUCGAACCUUUUGCAGGACAACGGAGUUCUUGCACUGCCUACAAUUCCUGGCGCCCCACCUAAAUUAAACAUGGAGGUCGAUAAGCUGGGCAACUUUCGAUCUAAGGCAUUUUCCUUGCUUUCUAUUGCUGGAAUGUCUGGAUAUUGCCAGAUUUCUAUACCACUUGGGAUGCAUGAUGGCCUUCCUGUGUCCGUUUCCCUUUUAGCGAAGCAUAAUUCAGAUCUUUUUCUACUAAAUCUAGCUCAAACACUUUAUGGCGCCCUUAAGGAGCAAGCAAGCAUAGCUUGGGAAGAUGCUAAUUAAGUGUAAUUAUCAAAAGAGAAGUUGUUUAUUUGAGUCUCUUGUACACUAUAUGAUCUCUAGUUUCGUUUGAAUUUUCCCCAUUUGUUAUUCUAAAAAAAAAAAAAAUAAAGAUAAUUAAUGUAUACUUUAUCAUUAACACUCAUGAUUUCUUGAUGUUGUAAGUUUAUGUAAAUGGAGUUAUAUAAUUGAAUCCUUUCAGCGAUUGUUGGGGUCA